AUGAAGGACCCGGAAUUGACAUCUUAUGACAAUCAAACAUUAGAUCGAGAAAUCCUUCAAGAAGAACGAUUUAAUGAGCCAAUUGCAAUCGCUUCGGCAUAUGCAAAUGACUCAGAAAAAAAUAUGAAUUUAGAUGUUGAAAUAACUGGACGUUCAUCUGAAUGUUUUUUCAGUACGAAUACAUUACUUCACUAUUUCGCACUAAAAUGUCUCAUGAAUAAUCAGUCAACACCAUCGGACUAUGAUAAUCUUAUCGAAUUAUUUCGAACAGAACUUUCUCUUCCAGAAACAACUAUUGACCGAUUCAAAAAGACCUAUGCACCUGAUCAGGCAAUACAAUUUUAUACGAAAGAGGCAUUUAUAUUUGAACCAUUAAACAAAGCAUUGCGUUCAAUAAAUAUCAAUCAUCUUGUACGAUUUCGAUUUGUACUUAAAGAUAUUUAUGAUCAGUUAGGCGAUCUAAUGGCUCUUGAACUCAAUGCCAAAGCGAGACAAGUUUAUCGAGGUCAACGAAUGCAUUUCGUUGAAAUAAUGGAUUUAUUUAACAGUUUCAAACAGAAAGCACCGAUUAUUGCUAAUAGUUUCUUUUCAACAUCCCUUGAAAGGUUACUCGCCGUCAACUUUCUUCUUGCUGGAUAUGAUAAAGAACAAAUUAUGACUCAUGUUCCCGUACUUUUCACGAUUAACAUUCGAAAACAAGAUGCAUCAUCUGAUUGGCCAUUUGCAGACAUAUCUAGAUUGAGUAACUUUCAUCAAGAAGCAGAAACAUUAUUUGCACCAGGUCAGAUGUUCAUGAUCGAGAAAUUCCAAGCGAUACAUGAGCAUGAUACGAUUAUCUAUUCGAUUGAAAUGAGACUUCACAAUGAAACUGAAUUCAAUCUCAAUGAUCACUACAAUCGAGUGAAAUCUCAAUGGGAAGAAGAGACCCAUGAUUCAUUGAUUCAUCUCGCUAAAUUACUUAUGAAUUGGAAUCGAUACGAUGAAGCAAAAGAAUUAUAUGAACAAGUACUAAAUCAAAAGUCUGAUAAACAGACACAAAUGGUUUGCUACCAAGGUUUAGCUCAAAUAGCUACAUCCACGAAUAAUAGCGAUGAAGCAAUGAUAUAUCAACAGAAAGUUAUGGAUUUAAAAUUUGGUAAUGAUCAUUCGUCAUCGAUGCCAGACGGUAUUCUAGUCUCAAGCGAAUUUCAACAAAGUUUUUCUACAUUUUUCGAUAAAUGUCAAAAUGCUACAACACGAUCAUCUUUUAAUCAACCUCUCAACGAAGUUAACAAUUAUUUAGUAAGCAAUGAAUGGAAUGAAGUCUUGCAUCAGACUCCACAAAUGACACUCACGAUUGCUCAGACAUUAAUUAACAAUCAACAAUAUCAAUUGGCAAUCUCAUUUCUCGAACCAACUUUAAUUAUCAUUAGAUGGACGAAUGAUGUCGAAUUCGAUCCAUUGGAUAAAUCAAAAUGUUAUGAAACCUUGGGUUAUUGCUAUCAUCACUUAGGUAUGAAUGAGAAAGCUCUAGAAUAUUACACAUUGGCAUUAGACGAAAAUAUUCAUUUACCUCCUCAAAAUCAUAUUAAAAUAUUGUCUGCCGUCGGUAAAGUACUCGAAGAGAUGAAUCAAUGGGAAGAAGCUUUACAUAAGUAUAUCAAAGCGGCUGAAAUCUAUCAGACUGAUUUACCAAAUGCAGAUCCAGAGGAUGUUACUCAUAUCGAGAAAUGCAUUGAACAAGUUACAUCACACCUUCUUCCAUCCGAUAAAUAA